ACAUUGUAAUCUUCUACAUGGAGGAUAACAUAUCGCGUAUUAGGGAGAAUGAAGGUGUUAUCCACACUGUCAGAUCCGAUGUGUUUGGGUACCCCUGUGAGCCCUUGGUCCCUGAUUACAGCUUACUUGAUGAUGCCGAAUCUUGGUCGGACAUAAACGCUGCACUUGGUGAUGUAAAGUUGGAUCUUGACGGUCUCUUUAGAAUCCGCUCUGACCAUACAGAUAACUUAAUCGCAGUGUACAUGGCUCACUUGAUAUCAACUCAAGAAUACAGUUCCAGGGGUUUAUACAUAUCAUCAUUGGCUAUUAUGCACAAUGCUGCUAACUACACUGCUUGGUCAUAUCGCAUGGACUGCUGCUUGAAAAUGAAGCUUCCUCUGAAGGAUGAGAUAACGUUUGCACGUCGCGUUGCUUAUGAAUCUCCAAAAUCGUAUCAGGCAUGGCAAUAUCGCCGAUGGCUCUGCGACACUGGGAACACCGAUCACGAUGAAUUGGAAUAUGUAAAACUCGAGAUUGCCACAUCACCGAAGAACCACUGUGCCUGGGGGUAUAUGACGUGGUUAAUGCAACGCUUCGUCGAUACUAAGGAGCAGGUUCUCAAGGAGUUGGAGUUUGUGCAUUUUCUUCUGGAGUCCGAUAUAUAUAAUAACACCGUUUGGUUUUAUAAAGACUUUAUCGUAUUUCGUUAUGGACACCUUUUGGGCACAUCCUGUUUAGUUCAGGAAUAUAUUGGUGACAUUAAAUCCAUGUUAAUGUCACCGUGGAAUGAGAGUCUAUCGCAAUACUUAGCUCAUUGCACGGGGACUAUAUCAGCUGUACAUCCGGAAUGCUUAAAUAUGGACACUUGUCAAUCUGGCUGUGCUGGCGGACCAUCCCGAUGUUUACUGGGUGCUAUCGAGUCCUCUGGUGUUGUGACUACAGCGCUGUUAAAUUUGAAGCUCGCACUGAAUACCGAACCUGCGGAGAGGCUGGUGGUCCAGGAAUCGUUACGGCUCAAUGAUUGCGUGCGUACCCUGAUUACGGACUAGUACUUAACAUUUGGGUCAA